AGAACUACAAUACAAAAAAUCUGAAGGAAAAAAUAAUCUUCGACACCAAGAUAGGCAGACUGGCAGAAGAAGAGAGAAUACCUUUGAACAGGAUCGAAGACGUAUUCAAGGAAAAGUACAAGGUUGUUGAAAAUUACCCAACUUUCAUAUAUACCGGUGGUGUAGCAAGAUCCCUAACAAGGAAUCCAACGGAGUCGGUAUGAUUAUGAAAAAAGACAACGAAAUACUGAGGAAAGGAAUAUCCAUAAAUGUUAUCGAAAACCAGAUGGAAAAUACCAAAAAUACAACAGAUAACCCUUAGGUUCGAGACACGUGGAAAAAAUUAAGAUACAUGGACAACGUAAAAACGAUCAUAGGAUGGAUUCCCAGUCAUAGGGGCAUAAUAGGCAACGAACUGGCCGACGAACAAGCUAAAGAACAAACUUACAAUCAAUCCAACAGAAAAUUAAAGAUUCCAGCUAAAGAAAUUAUGGUAGAAAUUAAACAAAAAUUUUGGAAUAAAUUCAAAGAGAAAAUGGAAGAUAUAGGAGAGAUAAAAGGUAGGAAAUUUUUCGAACAAAUAGGUACGGAAAUGAAUAGAAAAUUUUACAAACCGUGGUUCUAUAAAUUUAGGCACAACCUGGACAGGGAAACUGUAAGGGUUAUCUCACGAAUAAGAAGUAACCAUUACAAUUUGAAAGAGUCUCUAGCAAGAAAAGGCAUCAUAAGGGAUCCCGAAUGCGACUGUGGACAAGGGGUCGAGGAUAUAGACCACGUUAUAUUCGAAUGCACCCUAUAUAACUGGGAAAGGGACUACAUACAUCAGAAUCUCAGGAAGGAAAUACUAAAGGUUGGAGAAUCAAUGUACGGACUAAUAAGAAUGAACAAAAUCAAAAUAUACAAGGUAUUGGUAGAAUUCUUGAAAAGAAUAAACAAGAAUAUAUAUCAGAAAAACAAAAAAAAAGAGGAGGGAGAAUUGCCGUAGGACAGUACAGACUGAUAAGUAACAGACUGACUUUAGUAGACAUAAAAUACGUUAUAUUAGAUAAUUGUAAUACAAAAAAGCAGUUCCUAACUUAUACUUAGAAAACCAGGUACAACGUACACAAGUUCCAAAUGAUAAAAUUUCGAUAGAUAGUAUAUAAACAAGGCAGAGAAUAAGGUGAAAGUCAUUGUACACACUUAGACUAGAAUAAGAAUUAGCAAGUAAAGUGUCAAAAAGCCUUUAUUGUACAAAACAGAAAAUACAUAAAAGAAUAAUACAUAGUAAGAAAUAGCUUUAGUUAAGCAUAACAGAAAAACAGCGUUGAAAUUCGCGGUAGCUCAGAAUAAUUCAAAAGAAAACAAUUCCAAAUAAAUAAAGCGAGCUUGCUAAUGAUGUAACGUAUUUCAAGUCAUCUAUAUACACAACAUACGAGACAAUAACGUCCCAGAUAGCACCGGACGUCCCAUGGACGUCCAUUUUAUGUCCAGUUUACGUCCAAACGUCCAACGUCCGUUGUCGGACGUCCUUAGGACGUCCAUGGAACCUAAAUUUUGUACGUCCCAGGGAUGUCCGCUCUGAACUUUCUAGAUUUAGGGAAAAAUACUUUUUUUUAAACA